AUGCGAUCUGUCAUUUGGACCGUUGCCCUCUUCUUCCCCGCGUGGGUUGCGGCCGAGAAGUACGUCCUCUGGAACAGCCAGACGUGCGAAGACCAAGUCGAGGAUGGUAUCUCGUUCUCGCGCUAUGCAACCUACAACAACGCUGUCGAUUGCUUCGAUUUCGUCGAUAAUGUCGUUGCAGGCUCAGUCAGUCAGAGUGAGGACACUGUAUGCCAGGUAUACACCGGCACUGGCUGCAGUGGCCAAGAAGUACAGCUUACCUGCACUGCCAACAACCUCUUUCAGCCCAAUCUUUGCUGCACGGACACUCCGCAAGGAAUCAAAUCUCUCCGCUGCCAGGACUAG